CAAAGACACAAACUGUAACGAAAUCCUAAAUUUUUUUUCUCUGUUCUCACUAUGUUUCCCUUCCCACAUGCAUCUCUUUGUGUUUUCCUCUGUUCUGAAACCGACCCAUAUCUGGAAAACCGUUUCAUCUUUCAAAGCCAACCCCUUUUCUUCUUGUGUUAAGCAAUUCUCUGCACCCAAAGAAAUCCCAAGAAUCGCUUUCACGGAUGACCCAAUCGGAAAAGGAGCCUCUGCUCCCAUAUUUCAGCCCCAGAAAGAUGCCUCCUACGCCAUUGCAUUCUCAGCUUUUUCCAUUGCCAGAGAAUGAUGAGAUUCAUCUUCCUGUUACCCCUUCUAAUUUCAAGGAUCGAUUAAUAUUUGGUCCUUCUUCUGCUUCCCCGAAUGACCCUUCUUCACCUUUGGUUGAUGCCUUAACACUUUCCCUUAAUUCCUCAAUACCCUCUUGUUCUUCUUCUUCUUCACAAGACUUUGCAUCACCACUCUUAGAUUCCCAACAACAACAACAUUCCUCUUGGCUCAUUGACCCCAAUUAUCCAUGGCACAAAAAGAACCUCCAUCGCUCCAAAACUGCACCUGCUAUGGCUGUGAUCAGCGAUUUCAAUCCCCAAUCCCCUGAGCGAAGACCCCAAUUUGUUAGCCAAUCUAUUAUUCAUCAGGCUGUUAUUCUUCUUGUUAUUUAUUUGUCAUUGGGGGUGGUCAUUUAUUGGUUCAAUCGUCAUAAUUUUACAGCAAUUGAGACUCAUCCUAUAGUGGAUGCAUUGUAUUUUUGUAUAGUUACAAUGUGUACAAUAGGCUAUGGUGAUAUUACUCCAAAUAGUACAGCCACGAAGCUUUUCUCUAUAUUGUUUGUGUUAGUGGGUUUUGGUUUCAUAGACAUAUUGCUCAGUGGGAUGGUUAGUUAUGUUCUUGAUUUGCAGGAGAAUCAUUUGUUGAGGACAGUGAAGAGUAGGGGAGAGAAGGAUGGGAAGUCAUAUAUAAUUGAUGUGAAGAAAGGGAGGAUGAGGAUUAGGAUGAAGGUCGCACUGGCUUUGGGUGUUGUGGUACUUUGUAUUGGAGUUGGUGUGGGGGUUAUGCAUUUUGUGGAAAGGCUUGGAUGGAUAGAUUCUUUUUAUCUUUCUGUUAUGUCUGUUACAACUGUUGGGUAUGGAGACCAUGCAUUCAAGACCUUGCAUGGUCGUAUCUUUGCUGCAAUUUGGUUGCUUGUGUCGACGCUUGCUGUGGCACGAGCAUUCCUCUUUUUGGCUGAGGCAAGAGUGGAUAAGCGGCAUAGGAGGAUGGCAAAGUGGAUUCUUGGUCAGGAUAUGACUGUUUCUGAGUUUCUUGCUGCAGACAUAGACAAUAAUGGCUUUGUGAGUAAAUCAGAAUAUGUUAUAUACAAGCUCAAGGAGAUGGGAAAAGUAACUGAGAAGGAUAUCAUGCAGAUUAGUGAGAAGUUUGAUAGACUAGAUUCCGGCAACUGCGGAAAAAUAACACUUGCUGAUCUCAUGGAGGGUCGGUAAUUGGUGAGAGUUCAGUAUGGCCAUUCAAGCAGCAAAGGAGUUCUAUUUCUGCAGUGUUGUCAACUAAAGAAGGGAGUGUCAGAUUCUCAAGUUGCAUGCUGGCAAGUCAUGGACCACAGUUGAUGGGAACUUUCUUCUUUUGGGGUUGAGAUGGAUAUCAGAUUCUCAAGUUGCAUGCUGGUGAUUUUGCCCCUACCCUUUUGUCAUGAUCAUUAACUCAACGAGGCAUGUUGAACGUGAAUUUCUAGUUCUUUUGCCUGAAUUUCGCAAAUUAAUUAGAGGAUGGUAAGAACUGAUCUUGCUGAAAUUCUGGUAUUACCAAUCACAUUAUUGUCAGGUUGAUGAGAUGGCCUAUGGUAAAGAAGGGGAAAAUUUUGAUUGGUUGAAGAAAUAUUUUGUACAUAUUCUUCUUGAAAAUGAUCUGCAUUGAUUCCUUACCAUUUUCUUUCUGCUUAGGUUCCCUGAGUUAGACUGUCUCUCAGUUUAAUAGUAGAGAUCAAUGUAGAACAUCUUGGCGAUUUUCGUGCAUAGUUUCUGCCAACAUGAUUCCAUUAGCUUAGGUUGUAAUUAAAAAAAAAAUGCUUCUUAAUUUAAGUGCCCGUAUAAUCUAUAUAAAAAUUUGUUACAUUCACAUAUUUCUAUGUCAUUGUAUAACUCUU